CAGAUGACGCCGAGGGCAAAAUGAGCUGGCUGAAGCAUGUGACCCAGCCAGUCAACAGGGUGUGUUUUGCAAGCAGGGUGAUGGUUAUCAAACAGAGUAUAGAAUGUUCUAUCUACAGGAAAGCAUGACUUAACAAUUUAAACCGGUUAUAGGUUGUAGACGACAAACAACCCCACCUUUAAGAUAUAUAAAGUUAGAGGAAUGGCGUGCGUAACUAAAGACGAAAGGGAGCGUGAUGGUCUUGUGAAACACACCGGAGGUUGCCACUGCGGCGCGGUGCGUUUUGAGGUGUGGAGUGCUCCAGAUUUACACGUGUUCAAUUGCAAUUGCAGUAUUUGCACAAAGAAACAGAAUCGUCACUUCAUUGUGCCAAAAUCCCAGUUCACCUUGCUGCAGGGAUCAGACAACAUGACCACAUACACAUUUAACACCCACAUGGCCAAGCACACAUUCUGCAAAACUUGUGGCGUUCAGAGUUUCUACACUCCACGUUCCAACCCUGAUGGAUAUGGUGUGGCACCUCAUUGUUUGGACCCUGGAACAGUGAGAAGUGUGAUUGUGGAGGAUUUCUGUGGACAAAACUGGGAGGAAAGUAUGCAGAAGCAUCAGACUAUUAGAAGUAUGUCAAAACCAACAACGGAAACAUAAUUCACGGUUUCCUAUGGCUAUUUGAAUAGUUUGACUUUAAAGGUCCCGUUCUUCGUGAUCCCAUGUUUCAAACUUUAGUUAGUGUGUAAUGUUGUUGUUAGAGUAUAAAUAAAAUCUGUAAAAUUUUAAAGCUCAAA